UUUUGUAUAAUCACGUGAAUAGAGAUGUUUACGUUUACUUGAGUCUCUUUUGGAGCCGGUGGUGUGAGAGGGGAUACAUGAAUUGACGGUUGUUGCUGUGCAGAAGAGUAAACUAAACGGCUGAACAUGUGGAAAAACAACGCAAACUGUAGCGUGCAGACGGGGAGCGAGUAUGAGCCCAUCGGAGAGGAGAGCAGACCGCUAUUAGCACAGGGUGCUCAGGCUAGAGGUGCAUCCUUCUGGUCUUCUGCCUUUAAUCUGAUGAAUGCCAUCAUGGGUAGUGGCAUCCUGGGUCUCUCUUAUGCUAUGGCCAAUACGGGCAUCAUCGGAUUCAGUAUUCUGUUGCUGGUGGUCUCUAGUUUGGCUGCUUAUUCUAUCCAUCUCCUGCUGCUCCUCUGUGACAAGACAGGCAUCAACUCUUAUGAAGCUCUUGGAGAGAGAGCGUUCAACAGACCUGGCAAGAUUCUUGUGGCCUGUACUAUUCUCAUUCAGAACAUUGGAGAGAGUCUCCCCUCUCUUUCGCUUUCAUGGUCUCAAUUUCAACAUGUUUUAUUGGGUGGAUAUAUUACUUUUAACUUAGCAGUCACUGUGAACAGUACCAUGUCCACCUACUUGUUCAUUUUGAAGUCUGAAAUGCCUGCCGCCAUCACCGGCUUCAUGAACACAGAGACUUCUGGAAAGUGGUUUGAGGAUGGUGUUACACUAUUGAUUAUAGUGACUCUAAUUGUAGUGUUGCCAUUGGCUCUGCUUCCUAAGAUUGGUUUCCUGGGAUACACCAGCAGUCUCGCAUUCGUCUUCAUGCUGUUCUUUACUGUAGUGGUGGUGGUGAAAAAAUGGUCCAUUCCCUGCCCACUGCCAAUUAACUCUACUGUGAGCCUGAGAUUAAAUACCUCUGAAUGCACCCCACAGAUGUUUGUGAUCUCUAGUAAGAGUGCUUAUGCCGUCCCAACAAUGGCUUUCUCCUUCUUGUGCCAUACGGCAGUUUUACCUAUUUACUGCGAGUUACACAGACCCACAAAGCAGAGAAUGCAGAGAGUGGCAAAUGUCAGCAUCUUUCUUAGUUUUGUGGUGUAUCUGAUCUCUGCCGUGUUUGGAUACCUCACCUUCUUUACACAUGUGGAAUCUGAGCUGUUGCUAGGAUAUGACACCUACCUACCACGGGAUGUUGUGGUGAUGGCAGUGCGUCUUGCGAUUUUAUUGGCCGUUCUGUUCACUGUGCCGCUCAUUCACUUCCCAGCACGUAAAGCCCUGUUGAUGUUAUGCAGGGGAGAGAGGGAGUUCUCCUGGCUCUUUCAUUUGCUUUCCUGUUUUUUCGUCCUCACUCUUGUGCUGCUGCUCGCUAUUUUCGUCCCUGACAUUAGGAAUGUCUUUGGUGUGGUGGGUUCUACGACCUCCACAUGUUUGCUGUUUGUGUAUCCUGGAAUGUUUUAUUUGAGAAUCAGCUCUGAGCCAAUCAGAUCUCUCAAUUCAGCAGGGGCGGUUUUUCUGAUGGUGAUUGGUCUGGUUGUGGGUGUGCUGAGCCUGUGUGUCAUCAUUGUCUCCUGGGUUCAAGGUCCUUGACCUUUGACAUCAUUAUUGGGCGUAUUGCACGAGAGAAGAGAAAGCUUAUUUUACAGGUGACACACCAGGCAGAGACUCUUUUCUGAACCAAAUUAAGGGAAUCCCAAUGAGAUGAGCCUGUGCUCUUAUGACAAAUCUCACAUCCUCAUAGCACUUUAUGACACUUGAAUACUGAACAGAGGCACAAUCAAAUUCAAAAUAUCCAGCAGAGCACUGAAAUGCAUAUUAUGUCUGAAUGACAGGAGAGUGUGACUAUUUUUGAAUCAGAUGGUUGCUUCCAUCCAUAGAAAGACAGCUGGGACCAAUGAAUGAAGGAAGUGCACUGCCGAUUUUACAAUAACUGAAUGUGGGAUAUUAGAUUUAUACAGAUGUUUAAUGAAUUGGAAAAGCUGCUUGUCUGACUAAAAAAAAAGCUCAGAUUUAAUGAUUAGUCUUUAGAAGACAAAAACCUAUCAGAACUUUCAGACACUAAUCCCAAAGAUUUUCUGUUUAUUCAAUAUAGAAUUCAAAAUGUUUCUUCUAUUUUCUAUAUUAAACAAUGAAAAAUAUAUAUAUUGAAAAUAUACAAGUGUAUUUUUUUUGUACCAUCACAACCCUGUUUACAUGUCCAAAAGGACAAUUUUUAUGUAUUAUUAUGUGAAUUUCGAUAAAUAAAGGGAAAUAAGAAUUAAAA